GUAGGACAGGCCGUUCAGAAAUCCGGUUCCGAGUUUGUCAACCGCUGCCCUGAAGGCUGCUUGUAUAUUUCAGCUGCUUUCAGGCGGAUCUUUCGUGGUGUCCUUUAGCAUUGUCACAACCUUCGGCUCGUUUUGGUGUGGGCAGGAUUAAACGGUGCUAUUUUUAAGGCCAGCGAAGAAACAUAUGUAUUCAAUAUUGGGAUCAUUUACCACAAGUGAUCACAUGAGGCAUGGUUUUUCUUAGACGCUGAGGUAUCUUAAAAAAUGGGGAAUUUGUUGGAUUUAAAAGUAAUUUCAGGUGGAGAAAACUUUCAGUUGCUUCUGUUCAGCUUCCCAUACGAGCUGAGGACUCUAUUAAGGCAGCUCAUAGCACUUUGAGAGCCGAAGAAAUUAUGGUCUUUAUUGCAUUUCAUAAAUCCUAUUUAUUGCACGAAUCCCGGGGAGGACUUCAUAGCUGUUUCUGCACAGUGAACUCCUCACUAUCGCUAGGGAUUAAUUUUGAAUUGUUUUUAAAAGCCCAUUUUGUUUUUAAUUGUUGGCUUUGGAGAUCAGGAACCACAUUCCAAAGCAAAGCUGCACUGAUAUUCAGAGGAAGCACUUUUGUGUACUUUUUGGUUCUUGGCUCCUCUGUGAGCCUUUUCCCCAGAUAACAAUAGUUAUUAUUUUUUUUCCUCCCUCCUCUUUCCGCACCCCCCACUCCCCCCUCCCGUGACUCCAGAGCACAGUCUGAAAUGGAUGUUACAUGAAUCACUUUAAGGGCUGCAUACAACUAUGAACAUUUCUGAAGCUUUCCCUCAGUAGACGAUCAAGAUGGAUGAAUCUGCCUUGUUGGAUCUUCUGGAGUGUCCUGUGUGUCUAGAGCGGCUGGAUGCUUCUGCCAAGGUUUUGCCUUGCCAGCACACGUUUUGCAAACGGUGUUUGCUGGGGAUCGUAGGGUCCCGAAAUGAACUCAGAUGUCCCGAGUGCAGGACUCUGGUUGGCUCCGGUGUCGAGGAGCUUCCAAGUAACAUCCUGCUGGUCAGACUUCUGGAUGGUAUCAAGCAGAGGCCUUGGAAGCCUGGCCCUGGUGGGGGCAGCGGGACGAACUGCACCAGUGCAUUGAGAGUUCAGAGCAGCUCGGUGGCUAACUGCUGCUCGAAAGAUCUGCCGAGCUCCCAGGGUGGACAGCAGCCGCGUGUGCAAGCCUGGAGCCCCCCCGUGAGGGGUAUACCUCAGUUACCAUGUGCCAAAGCAUUAUACAACUACGAAGGGAAAGAGCCUGGAGACCUUAAAUUCAGCAAAGGUGACAUCAUCAUUCUGCGGCGACAAGUGGAUGAAAAUUGGUACCACGGGGAAGUCAACGGGAUCCAUGGAUUUUUCCCCACCAACUUUGUGCAGAUUAUCAAACCGUUACCUCAGCCCCCACCUCAGUGCAAAGCACUUUACGACUUUGAGGUGAAAGACAAGGAAGCAGACAAAGAUUGCCUCCCAUUUGCAAAGGAUGAUGUUCUGACUGUGAUCCGCAGAGUGGAUGAAAACUGGGCUGAAGGAAUGCUGGCAGACAAAAUAGGAAUAUUUCCAAUUUCAUAUGUCGAGUUUAACUCGGCCGCUAAGCAGCUCAUAGAAUGGGAUAAGCCUCCUGGGCCAGGAGCUGAUGCUGGAGAAGGCACCUCGGCAGCAGCUCAGGGCAGCACUGCCUCAAAGCACUCCGACACCAAGAAGAACACCAAAAAGCGGCACUCCUUCACGUCCCUCACCAUGGCCAACAAAUCCUCCCAGGCGUCCCAGAACCGCCACUCCAUGGAGAUCAGCCCCCCUGUCCUCAUCAGCUCCAGCAACCCCACGGCCGCCGCGCGGAUCAGCGAGCUGUCCGGGCUCUCCUGCAGCGCCCCUUCUCAGGUUCAUAUAAGUACCACCGGGUUAAUUGUGACCCCACCCCCAAGCAGCCCAGUGACCACUGGCCCUUCGUUCACAUUCCCAUCAGAUGUCCCCUACACAGCUGCACUUGGAACUAUGAACCCUCCUCUGCCCCCGCCCCCUCUCCUGGUCUCCACACCGCCUGGCGCUGCUGCUGCUGCUGCUGCUGCUGCUGCUGCUGCUGGAACAGGACCCAGGCCCACAGCGGGGCCCACUGACCAGAUUGCACAUUUACGACCUCAGACUCGCCCCAGCGUGUAUGUUGCUAUAUAUCCAUACACUCCCCGGAAAGAGGAUGAGCUGGAGCUGAGGAAAGGGGAGAUGUUUUUAGUGUUUGAACGUUGCCAGGAUGGCUGGUUCAAAGGGACAUCGAUGCAUACCAGCAAGAUCGGGGUUUUCCCUGGUAAUUAUGUGGCACCCGUCACAAGGGCGAUGACAAAUGCUUCCCAAGCUAAAGUUCCUGUGUCUACAGCUGGUCAGACAAGUCGGGGGGUGACCAUGGUCAGUCCCUCCACUGCAGGAGGGCCUGCCCAGAAGCUCCAGGGAAAUGGUAUGGCCGGGAGUCCCAAUGUGGUCCCCACAGCAGUGGUGUCAGCAGCUCACAUGCACACGAGUCCUCAGGCUAAGGUCUUGUUGAACAUGACGGGGCAGAUGACGGUCAACCAGGCCCGUAAUGCUGUGAGGACAGUUUUGGCACACAACCAAGAACGCCCUACGGCAGCGGUGACGCCCAUCCAAGUACAGAAUGCCAGCGGGCUAGGCCCUGCGUCUGUGGGCCUGCCCCAUCACCCCUUGGCCUCCCCACAGCCUCCGCCUCCGAUGGCUGCCAUCAAUAUGGGUCGAGCCAGCGCCCCCUUAGCCUGUGCUGCAGCAGCUUCGAUCACCUCCCCCAGCCUCACCUCCACCUCCCUGGAGACGGAGCCCAGCAGCCAGAUAAUGGCCAUUCUCUCUGGACUUCCCGCCUCUCCUGACAGCGCUUCAUCAGCUUGUGGGAACAGUUCAGCAGCCAAACCAGACAAAGAUAGUAAAAAAGAAAGAAAGGGUUUGUUGAAGUUGCUUUCUGGCGCCUCCACCAAACGGAAGCCCCGAGUGUCCCCUCCAGCCUCACCCACCCUCGAAGUGGAGCUCGGUGGUGGCGGUGGCGGUGGCGGCAGCGAGUUGCCUCUGCAGGGAGCAGUGGGUCCGGAGCUGCCACUAGGGGGCGCCCACGGCAGGGCGGGCUCCUGCCCCAUGGAUGGAGAUGGUCCCGCCCAGGCGGUGGCUGUGGGAGCAGCUCUGGCCCAGGAGGUCCUUCAUCGCAAGACUAGCUCCCUGGACUCUGCCGUUCCCAUCGCUCCACCUCCACGACAGCCGUGCUCCUCCCUGGGCUCUGUCAUGAAUGAGUCUAGGCCUGUUGUGUGUGAAAGGCACAGGGUGGUGGUGUCCUAUCCUCCUCAGAGUGAGGCCGAACUUGAACUUAAGGAGGGAGAUAUUGUGUUUGUUCAUAAAAAACGAGAGGACGGCUGGUUCAAAGGCACGUUGCAACGCAGAAAAACUGGCCUUUUCCCAGGAAGCUUUGUGGAGAACAUCUGAGGAGACUCACCUUGGGAAGGCUUCAAAUCCUAUCACUCCACAAGAUAGCACAGCGCGAUGUCACGGGGAGAGCACAUCGGUGGACUUCUGGGUGGCCGGGAGACGAGCGGAGGACAGGCGUGUGACCCCAGGGCCCCA